AUGGGAGUGACUAAUCUGUGGCAAAUCCUUGACCCUGUGAGACAACCUGUGAGCUUGAGCAGUCUCAAAGGAAAAACGCUUGCUGUUGAUUUAAGUUUGUGGGUUUGUGAAGCUCAGACCGUUAAAAAGAUGAUUGGAGUAGUUACCAAGCCACAUCUGAGAAACCUAUUUUUUCGGGUCUCUUUCUUUACAUCAAUGGGAAUUAAACUAGUGUUUGUCAUGGAAGGAGAGGCCCCCAAGUUGAAAGCAGACACCAUGAGUAAGAGGAACGAGACGCGCUAUGGGUCUUCGAAGAAAGUUGGAGCUGGAAGAACAGGGAGAUCUUUGUUUAAAGGCAUUUUAAAAGAGUGUCUCGAACUGCUGGAGUGUUUAGGUGUCCCUUGGGUUCAAGCAGCCGGGGAAGCAGAGGCAAUGUGUGCCUACCUAAAUGCAAAAGGACAUGUUGAUGGCUGCGUUACCAAUGAUGGCGAUGUCUUCUUAUAUGGAGCUCAAACAGUUUAUAGGAACUUUGCCAUGAAUGCUAAGGAUCCACAUCUUGACUGUUACACAAUGUCCUCGAUUAAGGAGAAGCUUGGUUGUGACAGAGAGUCUUUGAUUGGACUAGCUGUUCUUCUGGGUUGUGAUUAUCUUCCAAAGGGCAUUCCAGGAGUUGGGAAGGAACAAGCUUUAAAGUUAAUUGAGACUUUGCAAGGUCAAAACUUAUUGCAAAGGUUUGAGCAAUGGAAAGAAUUUCAGUAUGAUAAUAAUCCACCUGUGGUUGUUAAGAGGGUGAUUCACUGCUCUGAGUGCCAUCAUCCAGGAUCUUGCAAGGAACAUGAGCACAGUGGCUGUAAACUCUGUGAAAGCACUAGAUACUGCAAACCCACUGACUCCAAACACUGCUGCCCUUGUGAAUGGCAUCAGUUAGAGCGAAUGAAGCAAGCAAGAGCAGUGGAGGACAAUAUCAGAAAAAAAGCUAACAGUUGUGAGGGCUUUCCAUUCUCUGAGGUUAUCCAAGAAUUUCUUGUAAACAAGAAUAAAUUGAUCGAGAUAAAGGAAUGCCAAAGGCCAAACUUAUUAUCCUUUCAGAUAUUUGCUUCUGAGAAGAUGGAAUGGACCAAAGAUUAUGCUUGUAAGAAACUGUUAACGCUAUUGACACGUUAUGAUAUGAUCCAGAGACAAUCUGGAUACAUUAAUUCAAAACAACUGCAGGCAAUACGGAUAGUCAAGACACGAAUUAAAAAUGGAAUUCCUUGUUUUGAAAUUGAGUGGCAAAAACCAGAACAUUAUGUUGAUGCAGAAGAUGAGCCUGCGGAGUUGUCUGUAAUCACAGUAGAGGAGGAGUCUUUGUUUCAGGCUGCUUACCCUGAUGUUGUUGCCCUUUAUCAAGUGGAAAAGUCAGAAAUUCUGAAGAAGAAACAGAAAAGUAAGAAAGACGGACCAAAAGAAAAGAAAUUAUCAAAUAUUGAUGAUGAAGUUAGCAAUCUUCUGUCUCAAAUGAAUUUAAAAUCUAGAUUUCUUCCUAUGCAAGACUCCACAUCAGAUAUAAACAGCUCCCCGGAAGAUGAGAUGCAUCAGAGAAGUACUGAAUCAAAAGAUCUGGCGUUAGCUUCAGCGUCCUGCAUAAAAACAGUUCAAAUUCCAGCAUCAGCAGCUGCUCUUCCUCUGGCUGCGCCGCCUUACUCGCUCUUCCCGAGAACAUUGGCUGACUCAUCUAUAUUGCCAGCAAAACUUACUAAAAAUUCAGCAGUAUCAUCCUCUUCCUCUGUAACAGCUGGUCUACAACUGAGCAGUAUUGCUUGGGACAGCACAUCACUAGCUCAUAGGGGUGAUACACGUGAUGCAGCAUCUGACUUAACUACAUGCAUAAAACACUCACAUCCACUAGGUCAUGAAACAGUAAGAAGUAGCUCAGAAUAUUCUGAUGCUAUGCAGUCUGAUCAACAUCAUUCUGAUGGUGCAGAUGAUGUGGUUUCAGAUGAUGCUGUGGGGCAAGUUCAGAAGUGGUCUAUAAGUGAGCGAAUACUCAAGAAGACUUCCAUUCUAUCAAAGCCUCUGUUGUCUGAAGGUGUAAUGCAAAUGGAGUCUUUGAAAUGUUUUAAACAAACAAAUGAAGCAUUGAAUCCUGAUAAAGACUAUGGCUCUUCCUCGUGUCAGUUAAAUAAACUAGUGCAGGGAAGUAAAAAUGUGCUGUCAGAAAACUAUGCAAGAGAAUCUAUCACGCACAUUUAUCAAGAUCAGCAGAAAAAAGCUGACAGCCUGGCUGGAGUGAUGCAGAAAGACCAUAAUGUAAGCACUUCAAUAUCUCCAGCCGUCUGUGGGCAAACAACAGAGACACUGCAUCCUGAGUGCAAAAUGCUGCCAGUGUUUCAAAAGCAAGCAGAUGGUGUAACUGGCUGUCACAUUAAAAAACCUUGUAUUCAAACUACUGGGAAAACUUCUUUUAAAAAGAGUGUGUGUCAGAACAGGUGUUCCUCUAGUGAAGACAGUGAUGAUGGGAACAUGAAUAAAAAUCUGAUCUAUGAGCAGCAGAAAAGACAACCGAACCCUGGGCAGUUUAAAAAAUGUUUUACCAAGAAAAGGAGUAACGUUGUUACUAGCCGAACAACAAACAGUGACUCAGCCCUUAUCAUUAAAGGGAAGGAGAAAAUGGCCAAUUUUAAAAAAGCUGGUAAUAGUUUCUCAUUGCAAGUAUCUCCAAAACCGUCCUCUACAGAGGAAGUUAAUUGUUCCCAAAGUCUAGAGCAACCACUUGAGAAGUCAGGUUCUGGUCCCACGCAGCAAGCCAGAAGUGCUGUUCUGACUUACGCAUGGGCAGACAGUCCACUUCCCCUGUCUGAAAGACUAAAAGGAAGAAUCAAAAGCAAUUAG